GUUGGUAAUAACUAAAGAAACAAACAGCAAGCUUUGCAAGAUUGAAUUUUGUCUUAAAGUCAACAAAAUUUUCAUUUGGGUUAUAAACUUGAAAUAUUUCUCACUUCACUGUCACACUCUAAUUUCAUCACACUUUGAACACUUUUAUUCAUUUAUUAAGUUCAAUUUGACAAAAUGUGUUAUGUUAACUUCAACUGUUAUGCGAGUGUAUCUGUAUUGGUUCUUUAUGUGAGUGUUUGUGAGGGUUUGUGGAUGAUGUAUUGGACCAUCUUUUAUUAUUCUUAGUUUCUCCUCUGUUAUGCAAUUUUCAUUGUUCGUUUGUUUUCUCUUACAAUUUGCAGCUUCAAUCUUGGGAAAUUGAUGAUGGGCCACCCUGUAAAUCUUCUGCAUGGAACUGUUCUCUCCAACAAAUUAUAUUUCAGUGACUUUCCCAAGUUGUUUAAACAAAUAAGAUAUGCUCAUACUGGAAAAUUUGCCAAGUUUCUUGAGUUUAAUGGAGCCCCACUGCCUUUGCAAGGUUGUCUUAAGGAUUUUUUGUUUUUUGAAAUUUGUUAUUUGUUUUCUGUUACUGUGCUUUAUUUGGAGUUAGUUUUGACAGGCAGUGGGGACAUAACAAAUCAUGUUGCGAACUUGUUUAACCAUAAGAUUUACUUUAGUAAUGGUGGAAAGUUGAAUGGUAUUCCUCAUAUACAAACUCUUAGAGAAUUUCCUAGGGAGGAGCUUUUUGGAAAAGUUGUCAUGGUCAGAUUUGAUUCUAACAUAUUAGUCAAGAGAGAGUGCGACAAGAAGAAUGAAUCAGAUUCUAAUGCAGUAUAUACAAUUAAAUAUUUGCAUAAAGCUGGGGCAAAUGUCAUCUUGGUCAGUGAUUGGAAUAUGAAUAUUCCAGAACUUCACACAGAUUCAGUUACAGAUUUCUUAUCAGAAGUUCUUCAAAUACAAAUUGUUCCACUCCAUGCCAUGAAUUUUAAGAAGCAAGCAAAGAUGAAUAGCCAUGAGAAAGAGAAUAUCCAUCUUCUUGAGAAUCUUUCUAAUUUCAAAGAGGAAGUUGCUAAUAGUUUGGAGUUUUCUAGAAUAUUAUCAUCAGGAGUUGAUAUCUUUGUCAACGACUCCUUCUCCAACUGUCAUAAAGUUCUAGCCUCUACUGUUGGUGUUACCCGUUUCUGCUACGCCUGUAUAGCUGGUUUUCAUUUUGAGGAGAGGCUUGAUCAACUGAAGAAUCUUGCAGAAGCCAGCACAAAGCCAUAUGUAGCAAUUAUUGGAGGGGGUAAUCUUUAUGAUAAAGCAGCUUCUUUUCAGUUCUUAGCUUCCAGAUGCCAAGUGUUUGUUUUUGUGGGCAUGAUGUCAUUUCAAGUAAUGCACGCAUUAGGAGUAUCAAUUCCGUGUGAUUUAGUAGACCAUCAAGCAGUUAAUGAAGCUCUAGAUAUAGUGAGACUUGCUCAAGAUAGAAACGUGCAGCUUCUGUAUCCAAAAGACUUUUGGUGCCAGAAAAAGAGUGAUCCAAAGCAACUGCAAUUAUUUCCUUCUCAUGGAAUUUUGGAUGAUUGGGUACCUGUGGACCUAGGACCUGUAUCAUUGGAUGAAAUCGACUCUACACUUAGAACUUGUAAGAAAAUAAUUUGGAUUGGUCCUGUGAAAUUUGAUUAUUCAAGUGAAUACACCAACGGGGCUUCUAAAUUGGCAAGAAUUCUAGACAAACUAGGCCAAAACAACUGUGAAAUAACAGUUGUUGGGACUAUGGCAAGCAAACUAGUGAGACAGGAAAAAAGUUCAUUGUCCUUUAUAAAUAUCAUUGAGGAUGCUUCUGUUGUAUGGGAAUUUCUCAAAGGAAGAAAGCUCCCUGGUGUUAUGGCUGUCGACAGGGGAUACCCUUUUGAGAUCAACUGGAGGAGCAUUUAUUCUGACCCAACUCAGUCUCUGGUUGUGGAUAUUGGAAGUGGCAAUGGGCUUUUCCUUCUUGAAAUGGCUAGAAGGAGGCAAGAUUUAAACUUCCUCGGUUUGGAGAUCAAUGAAAAGCAUGUCUUGCGCUGCCAGGAUUCUAUUCAUCAAUAUGGCAUAAAGAAUGGGUACUUUGUUGCUACCAAUGCAACAUCAACAUUCCGUUCUAUUGUUUCUGCUUACCCAGGACAAUUAGUUCUUGUCUCAAUACAGUGUCCAAACCCCGAUUUCAAUAAGCCUGAGCACAGAUGGAGGAUGCUUCAGAGAUCUUUAAUUGAAGCAGUAGUGGAUCUUCUAGCACCCAAUGGGAAGAUCUAUCUGCAAUCUGAUGUAGAAGCCGUGGCAAUAAGAAUGAAAGAACAAUUUUUGAGAUACGGCAAGAGUAAGCUUGAUUUGGAGUAUGGACAAAGUGAGUGGCUUGAGGAAAACCCAUUUGGAGUAAGAUCAGAUUGGGAAAAACAUGUUUUAGAGCGUCAGGCCCCGAUGUACAGGAUGAUGUUUUCUAAAUCAUCUGGUACUUAAGAAGCUUAGAGUUGCUAAGGAUGUAAUCCAGAAAUCUGGCUGAUGCAUCAAUUCUUCAAAGGGUUACUAAUAAUUUGCAGAAUCUAUCACACAGCUAAUGAUUUCUCCAUGCCGGGGCUGUGAUGUAUUUGAAGUAUUCUUCCAGCUUUUCCAGGGAUGAACUUCCUAACAGUUUGGAGAAUGCAGUUGAAAAUUAUUGAUGAGAAAAGUCCAAUGUUUCAUAAGGGAUUCCAAUGUUGUGGAAAAUAUGAUUUACAAUGUGCAUAUGAUUCAUUAACUCCAGGGUAGUCCCAAGGACUCGUUUGAAAGAUUGGCACUGAAAUCAAAGCUGUAGCUCAGAGGACCAAGAUUAGCAUUGUUCAUGUUUGUAAAGAAGUUAUACGAAGCUUAUAAAAUUAUAUUUUCUGUGCAUGGUAUUAUGGUAUGAUCUUGCACGUAGGGACAUGUUAUUAUGGUCUGAAAGAUACAAAUUCGUGAAGGAUAUACAAAAACAAACACUUUUAGAUGA